CUCAUUCUCCCUCUUUGGUCAUUUUCGAGCAAACAAUCGAAGUCUCGUUUCCCAUCGGCCAUCGUUCCUCCUUCCUAGGGCAAACUCAGUUUUGCAAUUCAGGGCCUUAGGCAGCAGCCGCAGCAAGAAUCCACCAAUCGCAUCUGCAGCCGGCAACGUCCUCGCUGCUGUUUGGCAGCAACCACGGUCACCGUUCACGCAUCCACACCGUUCAGGUCCGAUAGCAGCCACGUCCAGUAGCGGUGAUGGAGAGAUGGAUUGAUGAUGAAGAAGCUUCUUUUCUUUGCUUCUUCUACUUGGAGAAGAAUCAUUCCAUUGUUGAUUGCAGAUUGUCAAUGUUCUGAUGGAUUUGUCUUCCAGACAUGAAGAGACAACUCAUCUCACUUUCAGAUCACCAUUUCCAAAUUUCCUCUUGUAAUCCCCACUUGGGCUCUUCUUAUUUGUUAAUUCAUUUUCUUUGGAAGAUGUUUGUGUCGAAAUUUUUCUUCCCUACGUUCAGCAAGUACCAGGCCUUUUUACAGAUUAAUCCCUGUUAGAGACUCUGAAUGGAGAAGUACCAUUCCAGUGUUGAUCACGGAUUCUCAAUGUUCUGAUGGGUUUCUCUUCCAGACAUGAAGAGGCAACUCAUCUCCUUGUCAGGUCACCAUUUCCAAAAAUUUUCUCUUGUAAUCCCCACUCUUCUACAUGGAAAAGAACCGUUGCAUUGUCGAUUGCAGAUUCUCAAUGUUCUGAUGGGUUUCUCUUCCAGACAUGAAGAGGCAACUCAUCUCCUUUUUAGGUCACCAUUUCCAAAUUUCCUCUUGCAAUCCCCACUUGGGUUCUUCUUAUUUGUCAUUCAUUUUCUCUGGAAGAUGUUUUGUGUCAAAAUUUUUCUUCCCUAGGUUCAGCAACUACCAAGCCUUUUUCCAGAUUAUUCCCCCAAGAAUUGUAUUGUUAGAGACUGAAUGGAGAAGAACCGUUCCUUUGUUGAUCGCGGAUUCUCAAUGUUCUGAUGGGUUUCUCUUCUAGACGUGAAGAGGCAACUCAUCUCCUUUUCAGGUUACCAUUUCCGAAAAUUUUCUCUUGUAACUCUUAUACAUGGAGAAGAACCAUUCCAUUGUCGAUCGCAGAUUCUCAAUGUUCUGAUGGGUUUCUCUUCCCGACAUGAAGAGACAACUCAUCUCCCGUUCAGGUCACCAUUUCCAAAUUUCCUCUUGUAAUCCCCACUUGAGUUCUUCUUAUUUGUCAUUCAUUUUCUUUGGAAGAUGUUUAUGUCAAAAUUUUUCUUUCCUAGGUUCAGCAAGUACCAGGCCUUUUCCAGAUUAUUCCCCCAAGAAAUGUACCAUUCGAGACUCUGAACUUGUCCAUCAGAUUUCCACUGCCAUUAAGCAGCGCCGCUCUGAACCCCUCCAGCGCAUUCUAAAACCCUAUGAAUCCAAUUUCAGGUCUGACCACUUCAUUUGGGUCCUCAUGAACAUUAAGAAUGAUUAUAGGCUGGUUUUGGAUUUCUUUGACUGGGCGUGUCGGUGCAGACACCCAACGUUGGAAGCUCGUUGCAUAGUUGUUCAAAUUGCCAUGGCUUCAAAAGAUUUAAAGAUGGCUCGCGGACUUAUUCAUGAUUUUUGGGCAAAACCAAAUUUAGAUCUUAGCCUUUCUUUUACUUAUUUUCUUGAGCGGUUAAUAUACACUCAUAAGGAUUGGGGUUCAAACCCCCACGUGUUUGAUAUUUUCUUUCAUAUCCUCGUUGAAGGUGGGAUGCUCAAUGAAGCAAGAAAACUUUUUGAUAAGAUGUUGAACUAUGGCUUGGUUCUCUCCAUAGACUCCUGCAACUUGUUCCUCUCUCAUCUAUUGAGAAAAAUUGAAAGGUUUGAGACUGCAUUACAGGUUUUUAAUGAAUUUUCUGAAGUGGGCGUUUGUUGGAAUACUAUAUCAUAUAAUAUUAUACUUCACUCUCUUUGUCAAGGAGGGAAAUUGAAAGAAGCUCACCACUUACUUCUGAAAAUGGAACUGAGGGGUUGUAUGCCUGAUGUUAUUAGUUAUAGUACUGUAAUAAAUGGAUAUUGUGUUGCUGGGAAGCUUGAGAAUGUAUUGAAGCUCGUAGAAGAAAUGCAAAUAAAGGGUUUGGAGCCAAACCCAUUUACUUACAAUAGCAUAAUCCUUCUUCUGUGUAAGACUGGUAAAGUAGUAGAGGCAGAGUGUGUCAUGAGGGAGAUGAUGUUCCGGGGAAUAGUUCCAGAUACUGUGGUCUAUACAACUCUAAUUGAUGGUCUCUGCAAGUCUGGGAAUGUUGCAGACGCAUACAAGCUGUUUGAUGAAAUGCGGAAACAGCAAAUUAUUCCUGAUUUUGUUACAUACACAGCUAUUAUUUGUGGGCUUUGUCAAAGUGGAAAGUUGAUGGAAGCAGAAAAUCUUUUUCGUGGAAUGGUUAAAAAUGGGUUGACACCUGAUGAAGUUACUUAUACGGUGCUUAUUGAUGGGUAUUGUAAAGCAGGUGAGAUGAAAGAAGCUUUCUCUCUUCACAAUCAGAUGGUUCAGAUGGGCCUAACCCCAAAUAUUGUCACUUACACAGCGCUGACUGAUGGCCUUUGUAAAUGUGGGGAAGUAGAUACUGCAAAUGAACUUCUUCAUGAGAUGUGUGGAAAGGGCCUUGUGCUGAAUAUUUGCACCUACAAUUCACUUGUGAAUGGUCUCUGUAAAGUAGGAAACAUACAGCAAGCUGUAAAGCUAAUGGAAGACAUGAAGCUGGCAAGAAUGAAUCCUGACACUAUUACUUAUACAACUCUGAUGGAUGCUUACUGUAAAUCAGGGGAAAUGGUUAAGGCCCAUGAGCUCUUACGAGAAAUGCUAAAUAGAGGACUUCAACCAACAGUUGUUACAUUUAAUGUGCUGAUGAAUGGGUUUUGCAUGUCAGGUAUGCUAGAAGAUGGUGAGAAACUACUAAAAUGGAUGUUGGAGAAGGGUAUAAUGCCAAAUGCCACUACCUACAACUCUCUUAUGAAGCAAUACUGCAUUAGAAAUAAUAUGCGUGCCACAAAUGAAAUAUACAAAGGGAUGUGUGCUCAAGGAGUGAUUCCUGACAGCAACACCUAUAAUGUAUUAAUAAGGGGACACAGUAAAGCAAGGAAUAUGAAGGAGGCAUGGUAUUUGCACAAAGAAAUGGAUGGGAAGGGAUUCAAAUUGACUACUACUUCCUACAAUGCUCUCAUCAAGGGGCUUCUUAAGAAAAAGAAAUUUGUAGAGGCAAGGGAAUUGUUUGAAAAGAUGAGGGAAGAAGGCUUAAUUGCAGAGAAAGGAAUAUACAACAUUUUUCUUGAUAUAAAUUAUGAUGAAGGGAACAUGGAGAUGACUCUUGAACUUUGUGACGAGGCAAUAGAGAAAUGCCUUGUGGGUACUACUGAGAAGGAAAGCCCAUAGUGUGGCUUUAUCUGACUGACAUGGAAGACACUGAUUUUCAGUCUUCAUCCAGGAAGAGCAGGAUGGUGACUUCUUAUGUAUGCUGGACCUAUGAGCAAUCCACGGUAAAUUGUUAGCAAGAGACGAGCAAGUUUACGAUAGAAAGCCUUAUUGCAAAUCCCCUCUUCCUGUGCCCUGAAAGGUUGAGAGCAUAGACGAAGGGGUAAACUCGCCCUUCUCAAUAUGUACGAGAGUUGUUUGAAGUUGAGAAGAGAAUAUAGUUUUAGCGCAAAAAAACCUAAUUUGCUGCUAGAUCACUUCAAUGUGUGGGUAUAUUAUUGACUCUCUCUAAUCACUUUUCUCCUUGUUGCAUUCCACACUUGCUUCUCUUUAGCCAUUUUUUACUUGGAUUUAUGCAUUCCGCUCAAAUUAUGGUAGCUGAAGUUGCUGUAACGUUGGAAAUUUUCCAAAUUCCUUUCAUGUGGAGGAGAGGGUUUGUGCUUAUCGUAACAAGCAGUGGAAAAAAAAAGUGGAAGGGAACCAAACUCCCAUCCCCACCCCCCUGGGGUCCUUUUUCAACUUUGCUGCUGAAGGUAUUCCUCAAGAAAAAUCUUUACAAUGCCAAGGCAAAACGCAUUCUACACGCAUUGUUCCAACCAUCAGGGAGAACAUUUUUUCUGACUGCUAUUAAAUCUCUGUCACUUGCUCUAUGAAUUACUGGCAAUAUGUGAUUUUUUUCUUUACCCAUGCAAGUUCAUGAAGUCUUUUAUCCUGUAAGAUGAGACACACUUGGCCAAUGGAGAACUGGCUUUAUCAUUUUAAACGCCAUCUAGACAGUGAAAGUUAUUUUCUAAUACGAAGGUGUUAUGUUACACAAUGGACAAUGAUCUUCUAAAUGUUAUGCAUUCAUGCAAUUUUGAUGGGGGGCUGCAAGCACCCCAAUAAGGUUUCUUGUGGACAUACGAGGUGUUUAGUAUAAACUACUAGGUGAUGUGGCAUUGCAAAUCCCCUCUUGCUUUUUUCCUCACGUUUUCCUAAUGCAGGAAAGUGACCAAGGAGCAUGAAAAGAAAAUCAAACAAGAAAGCAACAUUCUCGUAGGAUCUGUUACAAAGGGAAAUAGCACCAUUGCCGAUGAAAAGAGAUUUGAGAUCAGACUCCUUGACAAAAGACAUUUUAGUCUCUACCAUAUGCAGUUAUCCUGAUGUUGAACAUCGAUUAGACAGACCAAGCAAGGAAAAUAUUGUCAAGACAGCAGCACAUGAGUUUAGUUGGCUUGAAAUUGCCAAUAUCUGCUUCAAGGCUGAAUGGGCGAUGCUGUGAUGGGCAAACAUGGGUGUAGUUGGCUUGAACUAAUGGAACGAAAAGCAAACUGGGCUUGGGCAUCAUCUGGGUUACUCUAGAAAUCCUGUGUUCCUGAGUCUGACCUUCCACAAAAACCCCUCAUUACCAGUUUUUCUUGGUCUCCUUACAAGCAAGUGUUAAGUCUCUUUUUUGACACUGGUUUUUAACAUAUGAAUACACUCGCUCACGGUAGUCAGCCGUAAUAUUAACUAAUAAUGGGUGUUUUGUUUGGUUUCACUAAUGUGAACACUGUUAUAAUUACCUCUGAACUUUCCACUGUAUCUGAUUAUUUAUUUUCAUU